UCCGAGCUGUUCUUGAACGCGGCGUGUGGGCGGAGUCAGAGGAGUCAGGAAGGAAGCACUUUGCCGCUUCCAGUCUUGUAAAAAAAAAAAAAGUCACUAGUUAACUCCUCCAUUUUUGCUAAACGGACCUCUGUGUGGAUUUUACGGCACUCUCGUUCUAAUCGACUACGUUUCCAUAUCCGGGACGGGACGGGGGAGCUACUGAAAGAGUGUCAAGAGUGCUCUACAGAUUGCAGCAACGGCCAUUUGGGAUCAGGUGGUGCUCCUCCAUUGUGGUGAACACAGGUGCUAUCUUCUUGCGUGCCGGUGGGGCUGAAGGCUCUCGGGAUGAAGAAGUUCAGGCGACACGGCCAGGAGUCACAGCGAGAUCGGCUCAAACAGGAACUCUUCCAGUUCAACAAGACGGUAGAGCAUGGCUUCCCCCACCAGCCCAGCGCCCUGGGCUACAGUCCCUCUCUGCAGCUGCUGGCCAUUGGUACCCGUUCCGGAACCAUCAAAUUGUUCGGAGCCCCCGGUGUGGAAUUCAUGGGCCUCCACGACGAGAAUGCUGCAGUCACACAAGUACACUUUCUCCCCCGCCAGGCUGAACUGGUGACGCUACUGGAUGACAACAGUUUGCACAUGUGGACUUUACGAGCCCACACGGGACUUUCAGAGCUUUUAGAGAUUGGACGCUUCACACUCACCGGUCCGCCUGGGGCCCCACCAAGUGUGACCCGGGUGACCGCAGUCCUGGCACACUCCUCUGGGGAGCUGCUGCUUCUGGGGACUGAGGGCGGCCAUGUCUUUAUUGUGGAGGUCCCUGGCUUCAGAGAACUUGAAGAGAGGAACAUCAGUCUGGAUGAAGUUGCUAAUAGUGUACCUGAUGAUUAUAUCGGACGUAGGAAUUUAGAACACGUUGAGGCCUUACAGGAGAACCCGGUCAGCCCCAACCAAGUGGCUAUCGGUUAUGGGCGCGGCCUCGUUGUCAUCUGGGAUAUUGAGAAGCAGUGCGCUCUUCAGCACAUCCCAGCCACGCAGCAGCUGGAGAGUGUGUGGUGGACAGAGGACGGAGGUUGCAUUCUGACGUCACACAGUGAUGGAAGCUACUGUCGUUGGAUGCUGGGUGAAAAAGACGGGAAUGAAGAGGAGAAAUCAGACAUUCCGUACGGACAUUUCCCGUGCAAAGCCAUUUCUAAAAUUCUUGAGCUCCCUACAAAAGAUGGGCCGCCAUUCCUCCUCUUCAGUGGUGGCCUGCCCAGGGCCAGCUACGGCGACAGACACUGCAUUACUGUCAUCCAUAAUAAAGUACACGUUGCCUUGGACUUCACCUCCAGGAUCAUUGACUUCUUCGUCAUCAGAGAUGGACGACGCCACUCAGGAGAUCCUAGCGCACUGGUGGUCUUAGUUGAAGAGGAGUUAGUGGUGAUCGACCUGCAGACAGAUGGGUGGCCGGUCAUUCAAACGCCUUACCUGGUUCCCCUGCACAGUUCAGCAAUCACCUGCUCACACCACGUCUCUGCCAUCCCUCUCAAACUGUGGGAGAGACUUCUUGCCAUUGGACAGCUACAAAAUGCAAACUACUCCAACAAGCCGUGGCCAAUAACCGGAGGCCAGAACCUGGCCCCAGAUCCUCCACAGAGAGAUCUCUUGAUGACCGGGCAUGAGGAUGGAACUGUGCGUUUUUGGGAUGCCUCAGGAGUCUGUCUGUAUCCCAUGUACAAAUUAAGCACAGCUGGAGUCUUCAACACGGACGCUGACCCCAUGAAUCAAAGUGCUGAAGGAGAGUGGCCGCCAUUCAGAAAGGUUGGCUGCUUUGACCCCUACAGCGAUGAUCCGAGGCUGGGCAUUCAGAAGAUCCAUCUCUGUAAAUACAGCGGUUAUUUGGCUGUGGCAGGCACGGCUGGACAGAUUCUGGUACUAGAGCUCAAUGAUGAGGAAGCAGAGCACACAGUGGAGGCCAAAGUGGUGGACUUGCUGCAAGGUCAAGAAGGAUUCCGCUGGAAGGGCCACGCACGUCUAGAUGUGCGAGAAGAGCCGGUCCUGUUCCCGACAGGCUUCCAGCCCUUCACUGUGGUGCAAUGUCAGCCUCCUGCGGUCGUCACUGCUCUCGUUCUUCACUCGGAGUGGAAGCUGGUUGCCUUUGGCACCAGUCACGGCUUUGGAUUGUUUGAUUACCAACAGAAGAGCAAUGUCUUCAUCAAGUGCACUCUAAACCCCAGUGACCAACUGGCCAUGGAGGGUCCUCUGUCUCGGGUAAAAAGCAUCAAAAAAUCACUCCGCCAAUCCUUUCGACGAAUCAGGCGCAGCAGAGUCUCGUUACGGAAGCAUCACAUCAGCAAUGCUGCCAAGCUCCAGGAGGCCAAUGCCCGUUUGGAGGCUGAAUUGGCAGAGAUGGAGUUGGCUCCCGUCCAGAGGAAGAUUGAGGCUCGAUCUUCAGAUGAUUCUUUUACUGGUCUCGUACGAGUACUUUACUUUGCUGACACCUUCCUCGCAGACAGUUCACACAGCACACCCUCCCUGUGGGCUGGAACCAAUGGGGGCUGUGUAUACGUAUUUAUGCUCCGCCUUCCUCCAGUCGAGCACAGGGCGGAUGAGCCUAUCAGCGCACAGCCAGCAAAAGAAAUCCAGCUGAUGCAUCGCGCCCCCGUUGUCGGUAUCGUAGUAUUGGACGGUCACGGCGUUCCUCUCCCCGACCCGCUGGAAGUCGCCCAUGACCUCGCUCGUUCCCCUGACAUGCAGGGCUCCCAUCACCUUCUUGUUAUAUCUGAGGAACAGUUCAAGGUUUUCACCCUUCCCAAAGUCAGUGCCAAGAUGAAGCUGAAGCUGACCGCAGUUGAUGGGUCCAGAGUACGGCGGGUGGGCGUGAGCUGGUUCGGCAGCAGUCGCUCCGAGGACUAUGGCAAGAGUGGCCUGGUGGUUUUGACCAAUCAGGGUGACCUCCUUGUGGUGUCGCUACCGGGCGUGAAGCUGCAGGUUCGUUUCCCGUGUAUCCGGAAAGAAGACGUCAGCGGCAUCGCUUCCUGUGUCUUCACAAAACACGGCCAAGGCUUCUACUUGAUCUCUCCAUCGGAGUUUGAGCGCUUCUCGCUGUCCACUCGCUUCCUGGUGGAGCCUCGCUGUCUCGUGGAGGUUCCCCGUUGUUCGUCACCGCCAGAUGGAACUUCAUUGCUGCCCAGGGAAGGCAGCCAACACAAUGAGGAUGCAGAAAGCGCAGCUAGACGUGUUAUGGAGCAUGCUUUGCUGAAUGAUCACAACGUGUUACAGGAGAUACAGAAGUCCCUGGAACUUGACCAAGUAUGAUGGCGGACCACACAAACACUACACUGGCCUCUUGGAUUCUCAGGCCUUAAUAACAACAUGGCGGCUGUGGACAGUCAGACGCGCGGACCCGACCGAGACCAGACCCGUCCAUAAAAGAACAAGUCAUCAAGUACUCCAUUCAAUGCUGAGCCUUUUCCUUUCUUUGUUUGCCGGCCCCUACACCAAAUAGAGUUAGAGCACAGUAACUAAGUCAUACUAAGUCAUUAGUAGCCUUAUUGGACUUCUACACUGAAAUAUUGAAUUUUAACUUUAAGAAAAUAAUGUUAAUUCAUGCAAAGAUUGAACAACAUGCAAUAAGUCCACCUUUUAUUUGUGUCCACACGUCACAGACGCUCUUUGUUGUUGUUGUUGUUGCUAGCAUUGAAGUAGUCGUGCCACUGUACCGUUUCACCCAAGCCUCUUCCAACCACUCGGUACAAAGCGUUCUUCGGGUAACGUGUCCCCGACAGUGCUGAACUUUCAAACUCUUUUCUACGGGCUUGGGGGGGUUUUAUGCUCAUUUUGUGGAUGUAAAAGAUUUGAUCCUGUGUAUGUUUUAAUUGAUGAAUGUAAUUGUAAGAUAAUGUAGUGAAAUGGUAUAUGUAUAUGAGUCAUUUGAUACAUCAGUAGGAAUGGAGCUCCCGGGCUUGUUUUAACCCGGGCUUGGCUGCUAUCAAGAAUAUUUUGGUACUUGUCACAGAAUGCUGGUUAUUUUACUAUCUGCCUAGAAUCUAUUUUUCUAGUGCAUUGAUUAAGACCCUUUUUAAAAUGUAAUUUUCUUGUGAAUAAUCAUUAGAUGGUUUCAUCCAAA